CUUCAUUACUCUCACAGUCCAUAACCUUUCCCCACUCCAACUCAAAAAACCAAACCCAAACUCUUUAGACAUUCUCACCAAAACCAUGGUGGCGUCCGCCUCCGCCUCCGCCCCCGGCAGCCGCGUCGGUUUCGGAACCAUGAAAAACAUCUCCCUCCACGUCAUCACGGGCCGUUGGUUCAUGGUCUUCGCAUCCCUCCUAAUCAUGUCCACCGCGGGCGCCACCUACAUGUUCGGCCUCUACUCCAACUACAUAAAGUUCGCCCUCGGGUACGACCAAACCACCCUCAACCUCCUCAGCUUCUCCAAGGACCUCGGCGGUAACGUCGGCAUUUUGUCAGGCCUUAUCAACGAACUCACCCCGCCGUGGGUCGUCCUCUCCAUCGGUGCUGCCAUGAACUUCUCCGGCUACUUCAUGAUGUACCUCGCCGUCACCCGCCGCAUCCCCACACCCCACGUCUGGCACAUGUGCUUGUACAUUUGCAUUGCCGCCAACUCCCAAUCGUUUGCGAAUACCGGGGCGUUAGUCACGUGCGUCAAAAACUUCCCCGAGAGCAGGGGAAUCGUUUUGGGAUUGUUAAAGGGCUUUGUGGGGUUAAGUGGGGCGAUUUUGACUCAGAUUUUCCACGCUUUAUACGGGAAUAAUAACGCGGCGCAUCUCAUUUUGCUCAUCGGGUGGCUUCCGGCGGCGGUUUCGUUUGUUUUUCUGAGGACGAUUCGGAUCAUCAAAGUGGUCCGACAGAGGAAUGAGUUGGAGAUUUUUUACAAACUUUUGUAUAUCUCACUUGGGCUUGCGGGUUUUUUGAUGGUUAUAAUAAUUGUGCAAAACAGUUUCGUGUUCUCUGCGGCGGCGUACGGCGGGAGUGCGGCGGUUGUGCUUGUUCUGCUUUUUGCGCCGCUUGGUGUCUUGAUAAGGGAAGAGCUGAGUAUUUGGAAGAGCAAGCAAGAAGCUCUCAAUGAUUUUUCAAAGUUUCAGGUAGUAGCAGAAAACUCACCAGCAAUCCAAUUACCAACACCACCGCAAGCCGAAAAAUCAGAGCCACCACCACCGCCACCGCUACCACUCCAUGCCAAAGCUCCGACGAGCCCGAAAAAGUCCGACUCGUGCUUCACAAACGUGUUCCGCCCCCCAGACAGGGGCGACGACUACACCAUCCUUCAAGCCCUCUUUAGCCUCGAUAUGCUCGUCCUCUUCGUGGCCACCACCUGCGGCGUAGGAGGCACCCUGACCGCCAUCGACAACCUCGGCCAGAUCGGCAAAUCCCUAAACUACCCUUCCCACGCCACCACCACCUUCGUGUCUCUCGUCAGCAUAUGGAACUACCUCGGCCGAGUCGCCUCGGGAUUCGCCUCCGAGAUCCUCCUCAAAAAGUACAAGUUCCCCCGCCCCCUAAUGCUAACCCUGGUCCUCCUCUUCUCCUGCCUCGGCCACCUCCUCAUUGCCUUCGGCGUCCCCAACUCCCUCUACAUCUCAUCCAUCAUCAUAGGAUUCUCCUUUGGCGCGCAAUGGCCGUUGAUUUUCGCCAUCAUAUCAGAGAUCUUCGGCCUCAAGUACUACUCCACUUUGUACAACUUCGGAGCCGUGGCAAGUCCGGUCGGGUCGUACAUACUGAACGUGAAAGUUGCGGGUCAGUUGUACGAUAAGGAGGCGGCGAGGCAAAUGGCCGCGAAGGGGUUGAUGAGGAGAGCAGGGGAGGACUUGAGCUGUACCGGGGUGGAGUGUUAUAAGAUGGCGUUUUUAAUCAUCACGGCCGCGACUUUGUUCGGGUGUUUGGUUUCGUUUGUUCUGGUGAUUAGGACAAGGAAGUUUUACCGAGGGGAUAUUUAUAAGAAGUUCAGGGAGGCAGCCGCCGCGGCAGAGAGUGAGAUGGGUACUACGAAUUCUGCUAGCACCACCUUCACCACCUCAGCUACCGCCCAAAGCCGACCCUGAUUUUUCAGGGAUUUAAAGUAAAAAUAAAAAAUGAGAGCUUUUUUAAGACUAUUAUAAGGGGUAAAAAAAAGCAAUAGGGGCCUUGAAAUUCAAAAUUUUUUGGAGGCUUAAAGUAGCCGCAACACAGGCUUUAGCUCAGGACCGGCUCUGCAGUGCCGCCAUGGAUGUCCACCAAUUACCGCCAAACAUUGACAGAUAGAUUGGUUGUAUAGUUUCGGUAUUUAGUUACAGUAAAUUGGAACAAUAUAGGUUGUAACCUUGAGUUGGUGUUUGUAAGGUUAUGAGGGUAUAAAAGUCAUGUAAAUAAUAGUCUGCGUG